CCCAGGGUUGUGUGUGCGCGCGCGCGUUCGAACACCAGCUGGUGUGCGCCUUGUACACGUCCUUCGUCCCUCCCUCCUGUCCCCUCCUCGUUUAUCGCUCACCGUCUCUCUCUCGCGCGCGUGUUCGGGGAGUCUCCAGCGUCGUGCUUUGAAGUACCGGGUGCCCCUCGGCAAAGGCUCUCCGUGAGGAGUUCCACAAGGGCCGGCCACCGAUCUCUACUUUGACACCGCGCUCAUAUAUUUAUAUACAUCCACACCUACAGGAAGAUAUCUGUAUAUACAUAUAUAUACAACUGUAUGGAGUAUAGCCCACUGAGAAAGAGAGAGAACGAACGUGCUCUGGCUGGCUGUCUUCCGUCGGAUAAACGUGAGCAGCUUGCCCGCCUGCUGGCUGGCUGGCUUCCCUCGUUCACGUCGUCUUCGUCGGCCAGCAGCUCGAGGACUGCUGGCUGAAUUAUUUUAAUUCCUUUUUAUUUUUAUUUUCUAUUUGUUUGUUAUUUUAUACAGUCUUUUUUACACGAUUUUGGACACUAUUGUACACACAUCAUCGUGUACAUGUGCUUAACGCGAGUUUUUCACCCGAGUGUGGUUUCAAGUAUAGUGUGUUUGGUUCGCGCGACCGUUGGGUUGUUUUGUUGGUGAUUUUGGAAUUUCAUUGGUGAAUGUAAUUUUGCAAAAGAAAUAGUUAUAAACAAUAUACUGCCAGAGGAAUUGAAAUAUGGCGGAUGACGAAGCCGAUGGAGCUGAGGUCGUCGACAGUGACCAGAAGCAGAUCAUCAAGACGGUUAUGAGGGGUCUAGUGCCCGGCGAACGUGUCCUCGUCACCGUGGAAGCUGCCCUGCCGGAUAUCGUCGUUGUGAGCCUCGAACACGGGACCAAAAAUUUUCAAGGCGCACUGCUCGAUGCUACCAAAAGGGGUCUCCCGUGCGGGGUCGAGCCACCCGAACCCGUCAAGGGCCCCGACGGCGACAAACUCUCAAACAUCGCGGCUCGCUUCAGCUACUUCCAGGAGAAGAGGCACAGCGCCCUGCCCAAGGUCGACCCGCGGCGAAGCACCCAGUCGUCCCCGAGGAGCAAAAACACCAGGCCCACCGUCAGAUUGCGGCCCCGACAGGUGCUCUGCAGCAAGUGCCGGUCCAUUUGCAAUGAGAACAGCGAAAACGUGGGCCGCAAGCGUAAAUCCGAGGAGACGGUCGAGCAGCCGAUACGCCGGAGCGACCGGCGCUGCGCAGCAACUACUCAGCAGCCGCGACAGCCGCAACAACAGCCAAACACGAGGAGCCAGAGGUCGUUGCAGAUCAACGUGGCCGAUCAGUCGGACGAGAGCUCGUCCUCCAAAACGACCACCAGCACCUCGUCCUCGACCACGGAACAGUUGCCCCAACAACAGCAACAACGGGCCAGCAAAUUUAGUCCCAGUCUCAUACCAAAGUUGUCGAGGCUCAGGCCAGCCGAUAUUACCAGCGCCUCGGCUCACAGCGCCGGUUUGAUAAAGCCGUGUAUCAAGCUGGCGGAGAAGAUGCGCAGCGCCUACUGGCACGGGCGCGACGAGGAGGACCUGAGCCAGUCGCUGCACGAGGAGGAUGAAGAGGAGGAGGAGGAACUUGAGAACCGGCCGAUGAACGGGCACCCGCGAGCCGAGCCCAUCGAACUGGACAGCAACCCGACGCAGGCGUACUGCGCGACCCCCAGGCGCCUGAGCAGUUCCUCGGUCGAGAGCGCCAAAGUUCCGCCCGAGGAGGAGGACAAAAAGACCCUGGCCGCGGCGGACUCGACAGUCAGGGGUGCCGGCCGGGCGCUCAGGGCGCAGCGGAAAAAACGCUCGAUCGGCCUGAUGGAGGACCUCUGGGACGAAUCCGUGUUCGAGGACCCCGCUAGGAUGUCCCCGCCCGUAAACACGAUCGUCCUCCCCACCAGGGCGACCCCCGUCAUCAAGAUAUCGUUUGGCGCCCAGGGCGAAGGCACCGUCCUCAAGAUACCCUCCAAAAUACAGAGCCCCUACAUAGAGAGGGACGUGGACACGGACACCGAGGAGGUGCAGAACGAGGCUACGGAUCCGCUGCUGUUGCCGCACGACUACGACGGCUACUGCAGGCUCGGCAGGUACGAGGACGACGGCCAGGAGCAGGUGGAUCCGCAGAAACUCGGCACUCCCUCGAAAGAUUGCGACACCGCCAGUGCCAAGGCCGCCAAAAAAGCCCUGAAAAAGGCCAAAAAGAAGGCACUCAAGAGACUGCAUGAGGCCCUUUCGCCGGCAAUGUCACCCUGCAACAGCUCGCCAAGGUAUGGCUCGAGCUUCGACAUAAUGUACCAUCGGCGCAAGCACAAAGUCAAGCACAAGAAGCGCCACAGGGAGGAGCGUAAGAACAGAGUCCCGCAGAAUUCGCAAGAAAAAGAGGAGCCGGCAAGCGGUGUCCAGCAGCUGGACUGUCUGGGCCUCGAGGUGAUGAACGACGACGACGACGACGCGGUCAAAAUGCUCGAUUCGAGCGAUGACCGGCAUGGGCAGGUCACGGACACGACGCCGGUCGCGCCGACGACGACGGUAGCCCACAACAAUAACACCGCCAUAAAGGAGCAGUGCCUGAAACAAAAGCUCUCCAUUUCCCUCAAGAGACUGAACACUAACGCCUACGCGCCUCGUUACGAGCAUCACCACAGCUACCCAGUGAGUAGUAACUGCAAGAGCUCAGCGGCGACGAGCGAGGAGGAGGAGGAGGAGGACGAAGAGUCGUCCUGUGUGGGCAGCAGCGAGCACGAGGUCAACAGUGCCGAGACAGCUCCGGACUUUCCACCCGUGGAACAUCCUCUAGUCAUGAGACUGACUGCGGCAGCUACGCCCGACGUACACUGCGUGUCCACCGGCAAACGAAUGGACGUGGGCGACGUCGUCUGGGGCAAAGUGCACGGGUUUCCCUGGUGGCCCGGAAAGGUGCUAAGUAUAACAGACUCGGGAGAGGGUGAGGACCCGGUGGUCGGACCUCAGGCGCACGUCGCGUGGUACGGUUCCUCGACGAGUUCCCUCAUGUCCUGCGACCAACUCAGUCCAUUUCUCGAAACAUUCAAGUCACGCUACAACAAAAAAAAGAAGGGGCCGUACAAGGAAGCGAUACGUCAAGCGACUAACGAGGCGGAGGCACGCAACAGCAGCCAAAUCACCCCGAAUUCCACGAGCAAUGUCCUCGACGUAUGUGGCUCGCCUUGCGAAGUCAAUGUACAUUGAAGAAAGAUAACGCAGACAGUAAUAAUCGCAUCUGAUGUAAAAAUAAAAGUGAGAAUUAUUGCGUACACGUACAGACGAGAGAGAAUAAAGGUGUGUGUGCGUGACGACUGUGCUGCGCGUAAAUAUUAUGUAGGUGUAACUUUAUACGAAAAUGAUGAUUAUGAUAUAUUAUUGUAAUGACAAAGGGUAGUUGGCGAGCUUGAAUAGAAUUUUUCGAAUUAACGAGGAUGUUGCGUGUACAGAUGUAUACACGCCGUACUACGACUCGCUCGAUGUGAUUUUUUUUUUUCUCCUUUUUUUGUUGUAUAAUACAUGUAUACAUGUAUAUAUUUCGAUUGAAGCUUCUUGUUUCUAUGUAAAAUACGAUUUUUUAUUAUUGCUGUUUUUUUCUUGAUUAAAAAUAAGCUUGAGAAUUUUUUACGAUCGCUAUUUGUACGCAUCACGGAAAAAAGAUUUUGGGGUUUUAAAAAAGAUAACGAAAAUACUGAUGAAAACGAUGGAUGACCAAGAGAGAUAUAGUAUUUGGCUUAAUUUGCUUGGCACUUUGUGUACAAAAAAUAUAAUAGCUCGCAGAGAGUUUUUUUCCAUUUGAUUUCGAUGAUUAUUAAAUUCGGUAAAAAAAACUGUGUGCAAGUAUUGCAUGUAUCCUUUAUACGCACAAAUGUACACUAUAAGAGUCUGCCUUUGAAAAACCAGCUAAGGAGACCAUAUAAUUGCAAGAGGUCAAAAGCAAAAAAGUUCCAUCGUUUUUAUCAAAUUUACUGCUACUUAUGCAGUUUUUUCUUUCUUACGAGCGAACGAGACAUACCAAGUUUCAAGUUAGAUAUUUUUUGCAACGGGGGAAAAACGCUUGGACAAUAAAAAGUCCAUAAUCGUGGGUCAAACGUAAAAAAAAAGUGUUUAAAAGUGGCGUAGAUGUUGUUUGGUACGGAGCGUUUGAAUCGUUGAUUUAUUUAAAAAUGAUAAAAAAAAAUAAACGGUACUUUACGAGACAAUAGCCGGAAAUCGAAGCUAGAAACUGUUUUCUCUACAAGUUCUUGAUUGAAACAAGACACUGCCAUGAUUGCAAUUUAACUUGUGCAUCGAAAAUGAAAAAAAAUUUUAAGGAAACGAGUAUACCACUUACACUAAUGAAAAACGUUUUGUUGUCGCCUGUAUAGGCUUGCGAUGAAAAUAGUUUCUAUCUAAAAAUGCGUCAUGUACUGAGUUUGUCUUUACAAAUUGAAAGUAAUGCAACUCAUUUGUGCAUUACGAUUACAUGAAAAUUUUAAUAACAAAAUAUUAAGCGGAUUAGAAAUUUCUCUUCAUCAAGGAUUUGAAUAGAAACUGACAAUUGAAAUUCAUGUAAUUUAAAAAUAAAUAAUUAUCUGUAAAAUGAUAGAUAGCGUAAAAGUAAGAGUCUUUCGUAUUGCAUAUAUGUAUAUGAGGACAAAGAUAAUGUUUAUUAAAAUUAGAGCCACGUAUGUAUAAAACUAAAUAAU